GUCAUUAAUAACCAAUUAGGAGGGUCACUGCGGCUCCUAUAAAGGCGCAGAGAUUUAGCCAAGGGGAAGACGGUCCGGCCUGGUGUGCGGGCGAGCGGCGCCGCCGGAGCCCCUCGCGGUUUCUCUGCAGCCGACCGCCUCCGCCCGCACCGCACCCCCUCCCGCACCGCCUCCGCCUCCACCCCGUCUCUCCAGCCCCCCGCCCGCCCCUGCCCUCUCUGCAGAUUCCCCGUCUCUCGAGCGAGCGCUCUGCCUCGCUCCCCCUGUUCCCUCUCCGCCCAGCCACCCUCCGCCUCCCACUCCUCCGGUCUCCUCCGGUGCCGCGUUCUCCUCCUCCUCGCUCUCUUCCCACUCCUCUUCCGCCACAGCGCUCUCCCCUCUCUCCUCUGCUCCCCAGUCGGCCCGGCCGUCCGUCCCCGCCGCCGGCGAGCUCCGGGGCCGCCCAUGAUGGGCUCGGUGCUCCCGGCCGAGGCCCUAGUGCUCAAGACGGGGCUGAAGGCGCCGGGCCUGGCGCUGGCCGAGGUCAUCACCUCCGACAUCCUGCACAGCUUCCUGUACGGCCGCUGGCGCAACGUCCUAGGCGAGCAGCUUUUCGAGGACAAGAGCCACCACGCCAGCCCCAAGACAGCCUUCACCGCCGAGGUCCUGGCCCAGUCCUUCUCGGGCGAGGUGCAGAAGCUGUCCAGCCUGGUACUGCCCGCGGAGGUGAUCAUCGCUCAGAGCUCCAUCCCCGGCGAGGGCCUGGGCAUCUUCUCCAAGACGUGGAUCAAGGCGGGCACAGAGAUGGGCCCCUUCACUGGCCGGGUCAUCGCCCCUGAGCGUGUGGACAUUUGCAAGAACAACAACCUCAUGUGGGAGGUGUUCAAUGAGGACGGCACGGUACGCUACUUCAUCGAUGCCAGCCAGGAGGACCACCGCAGCUGGAUGACCUACAUCAAGUGUGCCCGGAACGAGCAGGAGCAGAACCUGGAGGUGGUCCAGAUUGGCACCAGCAUCUUCUACAAGGCCAUCGAGAUGAUCCCCCCGGACCAGGAGCUGCUGGUGUGGUACGGAAACGCCCACAAUACCUUCCUGGGGAUCCCGGGUGUGCCGGGGCUGGAGGAGGAGCAGAAGAAGAACAAGCAUGAGGACUUCCACCCCGCGGACUCUGCGGCGGGCACCGCGGGCCGCAUGCGCUGCGUCAUCUGCCACCGCGGCUUCAACUCCCGCAGCAACCUGCGCUCGCACAUGCGCAUCCACACGCUGGACAAGCCCUUCGUGUGCCGCUUCUGCAACCGCCGCUUCAGCCAGUCGUCCACGCUGCGCAACCACGUGCGCCUGCACACGGGCGAGCGCCCCUACAAGUGCCAGGUGUGCCAGAGCGCCUACUCGCAGCUGGCCGGGCUUGGAAAGGGGGUGACGGCGCGUCCCAGCGUGGCCCGGCGACGGGGCGGGCCGGGCCUCGGGCUCCUCCUGCCCCGGGGGUCCGCUGUCCGGCGGGGCCGGGAGUCGGGGCGCCACGCCCUGCCGCCGAGCUCGGGAAGGGGAAGCUUCCCCGCCCUCCUCGCCCUCCUCGCCGCGUUCCAGCGAGGAGCCGAACGCAAGGAGCCGGCGCCGGCUGCAGCGCGCGAAGGCGCCGCGAGCUGA